UUUGACAUCGUACGAUAUCGUGAAAAUGACUAACCUCACCUAACUGUAUGCGAGCAAAAAACAAUCGUACACUUCUAGCUGUCUCCAGUUAGCCUUCUCUUUUCAAUGCUAUCCUCCGCGACGGCCAAACGUUGUCAAGAUCCAUUUUAUUUUACAUUUUCAACAAAAUUUUAUUCAGGGUUACCAAGGUUAAGUUGUUUAUAUUUGUGUAUAGCACGUUAGUAGCAGGUUAUUACACAAUGUUGUCAAUGGAAAUACGUAAGACGUGAUACUGUGUGCUCUGGGAGAAACGCCGGCUCUGUCAGUUCUGGAUUUAAUUGCUUUCAGCUCAAAAUGGCGGAGGCGGUUUUCGGAAUAUGGGACUACCUGGUCAUGGCUGCAACCAUGAUCGCGUCUGUCGCCAUCGGACUCUACUUUCGGUUCAGUGGGGGAAAACAGAAAACAAAUGAGGAGUAUCUGCUCGCCGACCGCAACAUGUCAAUCCUGCCAGUUGCUGUUUCGCUCAUGGCGUCCUUCAUGUCAGCUAUCACCCUCCUUGGCGUCUCAGCCGAGAACUACUACUACGGCAUGCAGUUCGUGGUCAUCAACAUAUCCUACGGGAUAGCGACACCCAUCGCCAGCAGUCUCUAUCUGCCAGUAUUCUUUGGACUGCAAAAGACCAGCACCUACGAGUAUUUAGAGCUGAGAUUUGGGCCGACGAUACGAAUGCUCGCGUCUCUUACGUACACUUUACAAAUGGUGCUGUAUAAUGGAAUAGUGUUAUACGCUCCAGCGAUAGUGCUGGAAGCCGUGACUAAACUGGAUAGACUGAUAUCGAUACUAGUGGUAGGGUUAGCGUGUACGUUCUACUCGACUUUGGGCGGCAUGAAGGCUGUUCUCUUCACCGACCUGUUGCAGUCAGCGCUGAUGUUUGGGGCUGUGUUCAGCAUAGUUAUCUUCAGUUCGGUGCAGCUUGGUGGAUUCGACCAGAUCUUUGUGAAGGCAUUGGAAGGCGGCAGGCUAAACUUUAGCAACUUCAGCAUAGACCCUACAGAGAGACACACUUGGUGGUCACUUAUCAUUGGCGGCCUUAUCACUUACUUGUCGCUGUAUGCGGUAAAUCACACACAGGUCCAGCGUCUCCUGACAGUGAGCACCCUAGGCCGCUCCCAGAAGUGCCUGUGGUGGAGCUGGCCGGUGCUGUCGGUGCUCAGCGUGUUCACCUGCAUCAGCGGGCUCGGCAUCUACGCGGUGUACAGGGACUGCGAUCCGCUGGUGGACGGGAGAAUUGAUAGCAUAGACCAGCUAAUGCCGUACUACGUGGUGGACGCGAUGCGGUCCGUGCCAGGACUGGCCGGGCUCUUCGUGGCGGGAAUCUUCAGCGCCUCGCUGUCUACAAUAUCAGCCGCUUGUAACGCACUUGCUGCAGUCACGCUCACGGACUACGUCAGCAGAUGGUGCACCAUUCGCGAGUCUUACAUCUCCUGGCUGACGAAGCUGGCUGCGUGUGCCUACGGGCUCAUAUUCUUGGCGCUGGCCUUCUUAGCGGAGCAUCUGGGAGGCGUGCUGCAAGCCGCACUCACUAUCUUUGGGGCCGUGGGGGGACCGCUCUUUGGGGUGUUUACUUUGGGAAUGUUCACCACUUUUGCUAAUGAGAGGGGUGUCUCAAUAGCACUACUCAGUGGCAUGGCCAUGACGCUCUGGAUGAGCUUUGGGGCGCCUCGGCCUCCGCUCGCCAAGCUGCCUCUUAGCGUGGAAGGCUGCGGGCACAACGUCACCGUAGCGGAAACGCUCGUCUCCAACCCAUCUGAUUACUUUUAUCUCUACAGAAUCUCAUACAUGUGGACCAGUCCUUUCGGGUUUGCCUGGGUAAUCGUGGUAGGAGCCAUCUUGUCACUGGUGUGGCGCCACAAGCAGCCAUGGGAGAGAUCAGGACGCAAGCGUCCCGACCCCGCACUCUUCACACCUCCCCUCGCUCGCCUGCUGAAGGCUAGGGGAGAUUCAGAGAAAUCGGCUCAGAAGGACGCGGAGUAGCACGUAGCCGCAAACGCUUCGGGCCUGCUUGUAGAUAGCGUUGGAAAAGUGUGAACUCCUCAAACACAACGGUAUUCACAAGUGACGAUGGUGUAUUUACUUUUAUUAAAAAUAUAGAUAAAUUGUUGUUAGAUCUAUUUUAGAUUGGAAAUAAAUACACUCAACAUCAAAUAAACCGCACCUUCCGCGACGCGAACUUUAAAGAUUUUCUUCUGACACAAUCAUGGUACCCCAACAAUAUUGGUGUUAUUUGAAAGCCCAAUAAAUAUCCUUAAAGAAAAAUACAUUUCAUUUCUAAAUAAAUGAUUAACAUAUACCAUAAAUGUGACUUGAAAAUAGACCUCACUUUGGGCUCACCUGUGGGAUCAAUUAGACCAAUUUUUAUGGUUAUAAAACCAAAUAAAGAUCUCACGUGUCCUCUUCAACAGAUGGAUAGCGAUUAAUCCCAACUUAACAGUUUUAUAGUCAUAAAAAAUGGCUAUAGCGUAACUACCUAUUUUUUGAAGAAGUGACUCUGGAUCCUUGUAAAGACACAUUUUUGGGGUAAAAACCUUUCCUUUAAUGAAAUGAAGUUUAGAACUAGGCUUUCAAAUGGUACCAACGUUGGUGGGAAGUGGGGAUGCAUACGUUUGAUAAGUGCUUGUCGCGGGAGGUGCGAUUUAUUUGAUGCCGAGUGUAGUUGACAUUCCUAAAAACAUUGUAGUGGCUAUUUUGUGAAAUGACAAUAUUUAUAGCACAUAUUAGGCACUACUAUUUUGAUAAUCGUGUUUCUAGCAAUAAAUAGGUGUUAGUAGCCAUUCAGUAAUAAGAUGUUGAAACGUCUAAGACCUUACUGAUGUACUUAAUGGGUACUUAAGAAAUAAAUUUAUAUUUUGAAGAUAUUUACAAUUAACGAAUCUAUAUUGUACGGACUCCUAUCUACAGUAGGUAGGUAUCUACUUACAUUUAAUACGAAAAAGUCAUGUUGUGAAGUAAAGGUAAGUAAUGACUCUUUGACACUGAUAGAGGUGCAUCAUUGUAAUUAUUCCUAAUAGUUUCACUUGAAUUCCAUAUCAAUAGUUUAAUACCGUAAUUAUUUACAAGGAAGUCGUACAUUAUCGUCAAUCUAAUUCAUAUCAUUAAUGUCUGUCUGGAUUUUUGUGAUUUUAACUACAACCCGAUCGAGUUAACAGCGCACCUGGCAGCCGUGACGUCACAUCGACGCUCUGGCACGGACAGGGCGAACGCGGGUGAGCAGUGUUGCCAGUAGGGUCUUGUCAGAAAUUACCAGAAAUAUAAAAAAAUGUAACCUUUUUAAAAAAAAAGUA